AUGCCCAACGACGCCAGAGCUCCCACACUGGGGAGGGAGCGGGAGUAUGCCGUUUCUGUCUUCGCCGGCAGCUUCGCUGGCGUGUGCUCGACGGUGGUCACGAACCCGCUUGACACCAUUCGUGUGCGCCUCUCUUCGAGUCGAAGUGCUACCGGCAAGGCGCAUAAAAGUCUCUUACACACCGUGAAGGAUCUUUUUGGUGGUGGCAUCAGACACGCCUUCUCGUGUGGUCUCUGGGCGAACAUGAUGGCGUCACUUCCCUCCAACGGCAUCUAUUUGCCGACGUACCGCUUCUUGCAGGAGGAAAUGACGCAGUUUGGCGUGGAUGAACGUAUAAGGCCAGCCUUGUGUGCUUUUGGUGGUGUUUGCGUCACAAACUCCACGCUUGCUCCACUUUUUUUGGUGCGCACACGCGUGCAGGUGGAUGAUCGUCUGAGUGUACGGGAAGUAUUUAGGGAUGUUUUGCGGCGCGAGGGCUUUGUGGGCUUCUACCGCGGCACCUUAACGAACAUACUUGGGCGCUUCGUGGAGGAGGGCCUCUUCUGGACCGUGUAUGAGCUGCUUAAGCGUGUCACAAAGGAGGGGACGUUUCAAGACGCAAACAGCUUUUUUGUGACAUCCGCGGCAGUGUUGUCUUUGUCGAUGAUUGCGAAGCUAACGGCAGUGGGUGUUGCAUACCCUUAUAAUGCUGUCAUGAAUCAUAUGCGCACCGUUAAUCAAAUCACACGUCAGUGUGAACACACACGCAUCCUCCCCACGAUACAGCAUAUUUAUCGGGCUGAUGGUCUGGUUGGCUUUUACAAAGGUCUCUCUCCCCACUUGCUGCGAAGCGUCAUUAGUAAGGCAACACAGAUCUAUUCAUUUGAGGUGGUUAUGUACGCGUACAUGUGUUUUGAAGCACGGCAUGCAACGCAAUCGUUGCACUCACAUUCCCCCGUGGGGGUGACACCCGUUUUGGGGAUGCCGGAAGCUGAAUGA